AUGAAAUUUUCUCCAACAAUUGAUGAUUUACCCGAAAUUGUCGUAGAUUUUGGCUCAUAUAAACCAGAAACAAGUGUUGUUGGUGUCGAUGAUGAAAGUAUACAAGAACAACAAAAAAUAAAACAACAAUGUUUAACAACUGGUUAUUUAUUAUCUAAGGAAAAUGUUUAUGCUGAUUGUGAAACAAUUUGUAAUGUAAAAGAAGUAACAUUUAAAUAUUUUCCCAAAUCAUCUAAUGCUAUAAUUGGAAAUAAAAAAAUUGAAUAUGGUUCUUAUUGUGUACCGACUGAUGCAGCUAAUUGUAAUGACUCAACGUCAACUUUAGUUUAUGGUUUAACAGGUUGGAAUUGUUUACCAAGAAUUUCAGCUUUUGGUGGUAUUGGUGGUAAUAAAAUUCUCAUAUGCGAUGGUCGUUUACAAGACAAUGGUUUAAAUAUAAUAUACGAUACGUAUAUUCCUUCAAAUUUAAAAUUUAAUGAUUUAUAUGAAGACAAAUUAGCAGAUGAUUCAUAUCGAUUUACAUGUGUAGAGAAAAAAAAUUCUUUUGGAAAUUCAUAUUUAUAUACUGAUUUUGAUAGACUUCAAAUAUAUGAAAACUGGUGUGCUUCAGAUAUCCCAUAUUCAGCACCAAAGGGUGAAAUAAAAUGGAAUUUUCAAACACAAAAUUGCUUUUGUGAUAAUUUUCAGACAGACACAACAACACAAAAAUGUACAGCUUGUAAACUUGGUCUAAAUGAAAAUUCAUUUUUAUUAAGUAUUUAUCCACAGUAUUGCUAUAGUGAGGAUGACACUGUGGAUAUUACAAAACAAAGAUUAGAAUCCUUAAAAGGUAGUAACCGACUCUUAUUACCAUGUGGUUCAGAUGAAUUAGAUUCAGAAGAAUUCACAAGACCAAGAUGUGUUGAUCUGCAAGUUUCAGCUUUUCCAAAAACAUCCCCGUCACAUAAUACUAUGAAAAUAUUAAAACCAUAA